AUGUACCCUGAUUUGUAUGAAGGACUAAGAUUGAAACCUAAAGAUUUAGCAUGUUAUGAUUCACCCUUGGUGGACUUCGAUGGGAAAGAUGUUAUUCCAAGGGGCCAGAUUAGACUACCUAUGCAAGCAGGUUCAGAUGUGGUGGAGGUGGACUUCAUUGUGAUGAAUGCAUAUUCUCCCUACACUGCCAUUGCAGCAAGACCUUGGCUUCAUGCCCUAGGAGCCAUUUCUUCCACCCUACACUUAAAUGUGAAGUAUCCAUCAGGGGAUGGGGUCGAGGAGCUAGUUGGGAGCCAGUCUAUGGCUAGGCAAUGCUUGGCAGCUGCAAUUAGACAUCAGGCUGGAGUCCAGCUGCCUCCUCUAGAGAAGGAAGAGUUGAUAGUCUUUUUUAGGAAAAAUAUUGAUGUAUUUGCGUGGAAUGCUUAUAAAGCUCCUAGGGUGGACCCAAAUUUCAUUUUCCAUCAUUUGAAUGUCAAUCCAUCUGGGAUCCCCAAAAAGCAACAACCUCGGUGCUCAUCUAGGGACCAUUCUAAUGUCGUUAAGGAGAAGGUGAUCAGGCUUAAACGAGCUGGGGCUAUUAAAAAGGUAUUUUACCCUGAUUGGUUGGCCAAUACUGUGGUGGUGAAGAAGAAGAGUGGAAAGUAG